AUGACCGACACAAUUUUCGGUCUCAACAAGUCGAAUGUUGUCUUAGCAGCCGGAGUUGCCGGUGCUGCAUUCCUCGGAUAUUGUAUCUACUUCGAUCAUAAGCGAAUCAAUGCUCCGGACUACAAGGAUAAGAUUCGGCAAAAGAGACGCACACAAGCUGGUGCCGGUGGAAUGGCUGUUCGUCGUCCAGUUGCUGGAGGUGCUGAAGUUCUUCCAGACGUAUCUGAUCCAUCUCAAAUGCAGCGAUUCUUCUUGCAAGAAGUUCAACUCGGAGAAGAGUUAAUGGCCGCUGGAAAUGUUGAAGAGGGAGCCGUUCACAUUGCCAACGCGGUCAUGCUCUGCGGAGAAUCCCAGCAGCUUUUGUCAAUCUUCCAACAAACACUGUCGGAAGAACAAUUCCGCGCUGUUGUCCAACAGUUGCCGUCAACCCGUGAACGUCUGGCGGAUUUGUUCGGAAGUAGAGCUGAUGAAGCCGAAAAUGAGCCACCAAUGGUGCAAUACCUCGGAGACGGACCACCACCAGCACAAAUUCAAGAGCUCAUCGAUGAUACCGACGACUUGGAGUAA